AAAGUCCCAAGUCUUUCACGGCCCCCACUCAGUCAACAAGGUCUCUUCCAGUUCAGUCCACACACACCAGCUCAAAAAAAACCUAUUGCUUACUUUUCCUCCUCCUCUUCAUCGUCGUCUUCUUCUUCUUCUCCUCCAUUUAAAUCCCCCCCUCCCCACUAAACCCCUCACCCAACAAAAGCCACAAACCAAAACCAAUGGCUUUCUCUUUCUCUUUCUCUCCCUCCACACCCACCAUACCCGCACUCCUAUUCACCCUCUCCCUCCUCCUCUCAUUUCUCACCACACCCGCCUCCUCCGCCACCUUCAACUGCUCCGCCGCCACCACCUGCCAGUCCCUCAUCGACUACGUCCCCGCAAACACCACAACCCUCAACGACAUCAAAACCCUCUUCAACAUCUCUCACCUCCGCACCCUUCUCGGAGCCAACAACAACCUCCCCCUCUCCACCGCCCCGACCCAAAACGUAACCGCCUCCCAAAAGAUCCUCAUCCCUUUCAAGUGCCUCUGCUCCAACGGCACCGGCGUCUCCAACAAGCGCCCGCAGUACAUCGUGAAGCCCGGCGACGACCUCGACCACAUCGCCACGGUCGUGUUCUCGAGGCUCGUGAAGUACCAGGAAAUUGCGGCGGUGAAUAAAAUACCCAACCCGAGUCUGAUUAAAAUCGGGCAGAAGCUGUGGAUCCCGCUGCCGUGCAGCUGCGACGAGGUGAACGGCGAGAGGGUGGUUCAUUAUGGACACGUGGUGGAAGCUGGGAGCUCGGUGGAGGCAAUCGCGACCAGGUACGGGACGGACCAGGAGACUCUGCUGAGGAUCAAUGGCAUUGCGGAUCCGAAGACCCUUCAGGCCAAUCAAGUCCUCGAUGUUCCUCUCAAAGCUUGUUCAUCUUCGGUAUUGAAUAACUCAUUAGAUGCCCCUUUACUUGUUUCCAACAACACCUACGUCUUCACCGCCAACAACUGCGUGAAAUGCCAGUGUAGUUCUGCGAGCAAUUGGACCUUGCAAUGUGAGCCAUCUACUGUGAAUUCAACUGGAUGCCCUGCGAUGCAAUGCCAGGGUUCGAGUCAGUUAUUCCUUGGCAACACCACGACUUCCGGUUGCGAUCAAACAACCUGUACCUAUGCUGGUUAUACUAACAAGACCAAUGUUCUUACAACCCUGACAACACAGUCCACUUGUGCAGGUAAGCUCACUUCACUCUGUUUCAUUUUGAAGUUCUAAUGUCGAUACAACAUAUGCAUUUAUCUAAAUUUUGAACUUGCUGACAUCUUUUCUUUUGUUGGCAAACAGCUCCUCCUAACAACGCUUCAAGGAUGGGUUUGCAAGGCUCCAGUUGGAGCUUCCUUUUCGCGGCAAUUCACUUGGCGCUUCUUCUUCUUCAUGUUCUUCAGUGAGACGCCGGUAACUUUUUACGACGACAUCGUCUACUCUUUGCUUGUUCUAAGAGGUUGGGGAAACAGAACUACAGUGUAAUUCUUCUGUACAUCUCUUAAUGGAACGAGAAAAUAUCAAAUUUAUUGACAAAGCACCAUCAUGCUUUUCAGAGGGUA